AUGAUUGCGAGGGCCGACGACUCCACCAUGGUUACUUUGACAUGGGCUUUGUCUCUAUUGCUAAACAACAGGCACGUACCGGUAAAAGUCCAAGAAGAAUUAGACGGAUGCGUAGGUGUGGAAAGACUAGUGAAUGAUGCGGAUAUUAGUAACCUAGUCUAUCUCCAAGCCAUAGUUAAGGAAACAUUAAGGUUAUAUCCACCAGCACCACUCUUAGCACCCCACCAAUUCUAUAAGGAUCGCAUUAUCGGUGGCUACCAUGUCACAAAAGGCACCCGGCUUUUAGUGAACAACUGGAAAAUUCAAAGGGACUCUCGUAUAUGGCCAAAUCCAUUGGAAUUCAAGCCGGAGAGAUUUCUUACCACGCAUAAGGAUGUCGAUAUUAGGGGUAAAAAUUUUGAGUUAAUCCCAUUUGGAAGUGGCGGAAGGGCAUGCCUAGGAAUCUCUCUUGGCCUCCACAUGGUUCAUCUAACAUUGGCUACUUUUUUACAAAGAUUUCAAAUUUCUACUCCGGAAAAUGCACCGAUUGAUAUGAUCGAGAGCUUUGGAUUAACAAACCUCAAAGCCACCCCACUCGAAGCUCUUCUCUCACCGCGUUUGCCACCCGACCUUUAUGCCUAG